ACGUCAUUUCAAAGAAACAUGGCGGACGAAGUGGAGCAGCCACCGACUACCAACACUGUUGAAGAACCACUUGACCUGAUCAGGCUCAGCUUAGACGAGCGGAUCUAUGUGAAGAUGAGGAACGAUCGGGAGCUCCGGGGCCGCCUGCAUGCGUACGAUCAGCACCUGAACAUGAUCCUGGGUGAUGUGGAGGAGACGGUGACCACGGUGGAGAUCGAUGAGGAAACCUAUGAGGAGCUCUACAAGUCCACGAAGAGGAACAUCCCCAUGCUGUUUGUCAGAGGCGACGGCGUUGUCCUCGUAGCUCCGCCCCUCAGGGUGGGCUAAGACCACGGUGGACAUUUUGUUUUUCCUGUUGUUAUUUUUCCCAAUAAUGUCGGACUCUGUUUGCCUUCAUCAUCUCUGAUCUUCAGUUCAGCGGUGAGGUGAAAAGCGAUUGAGAUGAUCGAAGGCGGCUCCUGGUUUGAUGUUGAGCUCGUUGGUCCAUAAAUCAUUUAACUUUGGAUCUUUUCAGUUAGAAGCAGCUGUUAAGUUUCAGGAACUGCUACUGUUUGGCUUUAUGGUGACAAUUUAUUAGAAAACUGAAAUCCAAGGUUCUUUUUUUUUCUAUUUUUGGGUUUAAAUCAUGUCAGUUUGUAAAAAAUUAUUAAAUUUGGUUAAAUAAUAAAAAAUACAGUUUAAAAAUGUCA